AUGACACUUCUUAAGCCGAUAACUAUGGAUCAAAAAACAGCACCGAUUUGUGACUUCAAUUCAGUGGACAGAAGAAAUACAUUACAAUCAGAUUUACCGCCUUCUGAAUUUCAAACCUAUCAGUCAUCUGAGUCAUUAAAAAUGGCAAAAGUUAUAUCAAAGACAUUGUUGGCCAUCACAGCUAUAAUCAGUUGUUUAGUGAUUAUAUCAAUUUAUAUUCAAACAAACAACCGAUGCUCUUGUGGACGACAGAAAUCACGUAAUGGACCUUAUUUUGAACCAUUGGUUGCUGAAAGUGAAGAUAAAGAAAAAAGGAGAUUACCGUUAAGUAUAGAAAUGGCCGGAUCUGCUGGAGAUUUAAUGAAAAAGAUGAACACAAAAGGUCACGUCAAUUGUGUGGUCGAGCGUAAGGUUACCAAUGAAAUCAUCGCAUCUGAACCUAAAAUGUUAAUCACACCGUUCGGGAACAUAACAACUGAUCCACGUUUGGUUCACUUGACCGGCGAGAAGAUGGUCUUUACCUGUAAUUCUGCUAAUAAAGAGACCAACAAAAAGAAUAAAACAAAAAGUGAUUUAAAUGAUAAAGAAAGCCAAGUGAUCGAAUUACGCGCAAAGAGAUCGACAGAGAAAGUAAAGAGUGAGUGCGCGUGUGAUUGCAAGUGUUGAC